GAAGCAACUGAAGAGAGUCGAACCUGACACAACUCAACGAAGGAAGCAGUCAAAUAGUUAGAGAAACAUCAAACCCAACAGAGACAACCUUCUUCUAACUCAUCCUCUUACUCUGCAAAAGGGUUUUCAGUUUUGACUGCAAUUAACAGUAUAGAAAUGGAGGAGGAUGGUCAUGGAAAGAGAGUCUCAUCUCGUUUGUCAGCUAAAGCUCCGCCCUUUAGAUUGAACCGAUUUACUGCCCAACCCACUUGGACCUCUUCAUUGACUUCACCAGACCCUUGUGAUUCCUUGCUCAAAUCCUUGUCUAAUGUCAACUUGGAAGAAGACCCAUUACCAUCUGCAUCGAAUUUCGGGUUUGAUUCAUUGCAGGGUUCAUCGUUUGGCCGGCAUGAAGCCAGUUUGGCCUGCAACAACUAUGCUUAUGAACAAGGAAAGCCUGUUAAAAAAUCGAAACUCUAUGAUAACAACUCUGGGAGUGCUCGUGAUAAAUGCAGUCAUUUGACCAUGGGAAAAGAAAAUCCAUUCACUUCAAGAUCCACAAACCAAGUUGAUGCUGGAAUUUUCUCCUUUUCAGUGGUUAAUUCUGUGGCGACUCCGUUUGAGUUUCCGAUGUCAGUUAAGUGCUCUGCAUCUAUGCUUCAGAGUUAUUCUCAACCUGAGCUUCCAUAUACUACACCAGUUGCGGGUUGGAACCAAACUAAUUCGACAAUGACUUUUGGUGAGAGUGGUUUGACGAAAUCUGAUCCUUGUACAGACAAUUUUACCGUAUCCCGGUCACCAAGAGACAAUGCUUUUCCAGAUGUGGAGUCUGGUUCAUCAGAUACCUGCAUAACAUUUUCUCCCUCGAAAUCCAUUUUGUUAAAAAAUGCUGAGGUUACAGGCGGCUCUGCAGUGAUACACAAAGAUAAUUCUUCUAAAUACAGUUCUCAUGACAUAAUGGAUCUCCACCAGCUGCUGUAUGGUGAAGGCAAAAAGAAUGACCAUGAUAAAAGUUCGAGUUAUAAAGGAAACGAAAGGACAUGUGUUGAAGCUGUAUCUAGUGAGGGUUCAGACCCGUUACUAACAGAUAAGUCUGAUCCACAAGUCACCUUAAAGAAGCCUCAUGAUAAAUCUAGUUUGGAACAUCAGGAUGCUGAGGAAGCUAUUUCUCUUUCGACAAAGUUGGAUGGGAACGACUCGGAUGUGGACUCACCUUGUUGGAGAGGAAGUCUGGCUUCUAGACAAACUCCACUUGGAGUUUCAAGGUCUUUGAGUUCACAUUCUAUUGAAAAUGUACAAGAAGCAAGUUAUAGUCUGAAUCCGCUGGCGCCUCAUUUUUUCCCUCGGCCUUCUAAAGCAAUCGAUAAUUGCUAUGCAAAUGAAUAUGACGCAGAUGAUUUCUCAUCUUUCAUAAAGAGUGAUUCUGGAGCUGUAGGUGCUGUAAGUUCAUUCUCCAAGGAAAAUAUAUCUGUUGAUAAAGCAGGAGCAAAGUCGUCAUUAUCAAUUAAUGGAAUGGGUACUCAAACUUCCAAUAACAUCCAUGAAUCAAAAAGAGAAUAUGCGCUGCUCAAUAAAUCUGGAAGUGACUCUGCACUUAGCAAGGGUGUAUCCAAGUUACUGUCUACAGAUUCAAAAAUAGAUGUUUCAACAGUGCUAGAUAUGAUGCAUGAUCUAUCAAGUUUUCUUGUACAAAAUUGUUCAAAUGACGUUUUAUUGGAUGACCAUGACUUGAUCCAGCAUAUAAUCAAUAACCUGCGUAUGUGCAUCCAACAUAGGGCUGGAGGAAAGUGUUCAAUACCUGAUUUUACGGUUUCAGGCACUUCGAACUUUCCUAAUAAGUCAACAGAGAUCAUCGAGGUGGGGUGCUCGAACAUGGGGUUUCAAGAAACAAAUACAGGGCCUUUUGACGUUCCACUUGAACUUGAUUAUCAGAAUUUGAUCAAUCGUCUUGAUUUUACUGGGAGAAUGUUGGAUUCCUUUCCUUCAGAUAGCAACAUAGGUACUGGGAAGAGCAAAGACAUUAUUCAGGUCAUGGGAAACACUGGGAGGGAUAAUUAUUUAACCAAGGACGAGAUAGAUCCACAAGCUUUAGUAUACAAAAAACUGUGGCUUGAAGCUGAAGCAACAUUGCGUGCCAUGAAGUAUGAAAGAUGUGUGAUGCAGGAAAUUGGAUAUGGGAUGACACAAUCUAAACAAAAAUAAGGUGCCAGACAACUAGGGAAGUGUUUGAGCGUACAUUUUGAGGCAAACAGAAAGCUAUUAACAUAGACACCAGCUAUAAAUGUUCGUGCUGGUACUUUUGCGUGAAUGAACCAUUGGAGUUGGAAGCUCUCUUAACCUCUAUGUACGUACAAUUUAUAAUCAAUGGCAGGUAUGCCAGUAUAUAUAAUGUAUUUAGCUU